CCAUGCCUCAGGCCUUGCUUCGUCUCUGUAACAACCCACCAUGCAAAUUCCAGGCGCCUGAAUGCAGACUUCAGGCACCCAAAUGCAAAAUUCUCGUAAACCCAUUUGAGAAGACGAUCCAAAGAGAUUUAUGGAAGCAGCUACAUCUCCGUCGGUCUGACGCUCUGCCGCCUUCACCAUAUUUAACUCCAUUGCCUCUAUCGUCUCCUUCGACGCCAUCCAAUCCUCAUAUGAACCUGCUCCAGAGAAUCGCUGCGUCGGCCUUAGACGCCGUCGAAGACGCCCUGAUCGUGAAAUUGGAGAAGCAGCACCCGCUUCCGAAGACGGUGGACCCCGCAAUACAGAUCGCCGGUAAUUUUUCUCCGGUGCCAGAGUCGCCUGUCAAGCACAACCUCGAAGUCGUGAACCGUAUACCACCGGGCUUGCGCGGCGUGUACGUGCGCAACGGCGCCAACCCCAUGUUCACUCCCGCCGGUGGGCACCACCUCUUCGACGGUGAUGGCAUGAUACACGCUGUCAGCUUGAACGGCUCCGAUGAGGCCAGUUAUAGCUGCCGCUUCACACGCACGAACCGCCUCGUGCAUGAAGAGGCAAUGGGGCGGGCCGUCUUCCCGAAGCCGAUCGGGGAGUUGCAUGGCCACUCCGGAAUUGCGCGGCUCGCACUGUUUUACGCACGUGCAGCGGCGGGUCUCGUCGAUGUCCGCCACGGCACGGGUGUGGCGAAUGCGGGCCUCGUCUACUUCAACGGCCGGCUCUUCGCCAUGUCCGAGGACGACCUCCCUUACCAUGUCCAGAUCACUCCCAGUCGCGACCUCAAGACAGCUGGACGGUUCGAUUUCUCUGGCCAGCUCAAAUCACCAAUGAUCGCCCACCCGAAGGUGGACCCGACGACGAACGAGCUAUUCGCUUUGAGCUACGACGUGGUGAAGAGCCCUUAUCUCAAGUACUUCUCAUUCGAUAGCCGUGGGAGGAAAUCCCCUGACGUGGCCAUCUCUCUCCAUCAACCGACGAUGAUCCACGACUUCGCCAUUACAGAGAAUUCAGUGGUUAUACCCGACCAUCAGGUAGUAUUCAAGCUCUCGGAGAUGAUCCGAGGCGGUUCGCCGGUGAUGUAUGAUCCGAAAAAGAUGUCCCGGUUCGGCGUCUUGCCGAAGUACGACGUCAACGAAUCGAGAAUGCGGUGGGUCGACGUUCCGGACUGCUUCUGCUUCCACCUCUGGAAUGCAUGGGAGGAGUUCGCAAGCAAUGGCGACGAAGUGGUAGUCGUGAUCGGCUCGUGCAUGUCGCCGCCCGACUCUAUCUUCUCCGAAUCGGACGAGCCGCUGAAGAGCGUCUUGUCCGAAAUCCAACUCAACCUAACCACAGGCGAGUCGAGCAGGAGGGAGAUUGUGUCGGAGAUGAACUUGGAAGCCGGGCAGGUGAACAAGACCUUCCUGGGUCGGAAGACUCGGUUCGCAUUCCUCGCCAUUGCUGAGCCAUGGCCGAGGUGUUCUGGAAUGGCUAAAGUCGAUCUUAGCACAGGAGAAGUGACCAAGUUCAUGUACGGAGAUGGGCGUUACGGAGGUGAGCCGACCUUCGUGCCGGCCGAGUCGGGCGUGGAAGACGAAGGGUACGUGCUGAGUUUCAUGCAUGAUGAAAACUCGGACGAGUCAGAACUCGUUAUCGUGAAUGGGAGGAGCAUGGAGAAAGAAGCGGCAGUGAAGCUGCCUACUAGGGUGCCGUACGGUUUUCAUGGGACAUUCGUGAGCGCUGAGAACCUAGGGAGGCAGAAGUUUGGACGUUAGGCAUGAAAAUUGAGAAAAUUACAGUUUUCUUUCUUUUCUUUUAGUUUCGUUUGUGGAAACCGGGAGAGAUGGAAGGUCCCUUUGGUAAUUUUUGUAUAAAUUGUGAAAAUUUAAAUAGAUAUACAUAACGUAUAUUGAGAA